GGAUCAUUCUUAGGGACACAGUUUACGAGUUCGAUCGCAGUACAUAUCCGGUUUCAGCGAGUGUUUAGUGUGGAUUAGUAAAAUAAUGAAUGUGAGUUUAAAAGUGAGACAGAAGAAGAGAGAAGGAAAAGAAUUGUAAAAGAGAGCCAGAAAUUUGACAGACGUUGCUGAACACGGAUAUGAUAAAAUAUCAGUUUUCAAAAUAGAAUAAACGUCAUUUGAGUGCGCGUAUGUAUACAGAACGUACGAGAUAUUGCUGAUAAAAGUUAAUUUCACGUUUUAUGAACAUAUGUGUACAUGCGCAUGCGCGUUGCGAAGGUACGGAUAUGUAAAAUUUCGCUGUCGAACGGUGAUUGUAUUGUGAAAAAUCCGUGCGGAAUAGCGAAAACAAACAACUCGUGUCCGCCAUCUUGUGCCUCUCCAGCUGCGUCAAAAAAAGGAAGUGAGAGUGUGAGAGAGGGAGAGAAAGAGAGAGAAGGAGUGAGUGAGUGUGAAUUCCGGGGAGCGACGCGUGUGAUUUUUAUUUGGUGAGAGAGAAAAAAAGUGUAAGCAGAGGUGACCAACGGUCACCGAAUGUGGUCAAAUUCGCAAAAUACACGAAUAGGGAGGACUGCGAAAGAACUCGAAGUAAGACAGGCGAGGUAGCAUUGUGCUCAGAAGGAGGUUCGUAGGGCACCCCACCAUUUAUUGCCCCUACCCUUUUGCCCUGAAUCCCGAGAUUAUUGCGCAGUUAGAAAAUUCAUUGAAUAUAAAGACCGCCGAAAACUUGGUUGCAUCUUUAGAAAGUGGCCCGCGGACAUUAUAUGACGGGUUGGUUGACUUUGCGAGUAAUAGGAGAGACGAAAGUGUAUUAUAAAGAAGCCAUGACGAAUUCGGUACCGAAAAUGAAAAACAAAGUAGACCGGCAGUGUUCGCCGAAUGUCGGUGUGGAACGAUAUCAUCAUCACCGUUCAAGUGCAAUCAAAUCAUCAACAUAUUUCCACAACAAUGGAAGAUUUCAUGGCAGAAAUUCAACCGGCAGACUAUCCUGCAGCCCACACAGUUUGUCAAAGGGUUCAAGAAAUUCGCCGUUGCGAUACGAGUACAGUCCGCGCGGCAGUCCAACAAGUAGUUUUUAUGCUGGUGCAAAGUUUUCCGAACCGCCAUCUCCUGCGAGCCUUCCGAAACCACCGAGCCAUUGGACUAAGAGACUGAUGAGCAGUUGUCAACAAUCCGACAGGAGUUGCGAUAUUUCAAAUCAUCUAAAGAUGAUACUAAACGUCCAAGCCUGAUACGUAAAGACCAACAAACCGCUAAAAACGGUUACCAACUGCUAAAAGCAAAGAGACAGGUACGAUAUUAUCGUUGCCCUACUCUUGGAUUUAAGGAUGUAUUUUUUCUCUUGUAUGUGAUGUCAAGCUGUUCGUUUUAAACAUAACAAACAAAAGAACAGAAGUGUUUAUAACUGCGCGAUAACACAAUCUCUUAAGAACGAUACUUGAUUAAUAUUGCAACAAGAAAAACAGGGCACCAGCGUCUUCAGUUUCAUGGUAUUAGAUGCUGAGAGGACGAAGAAAAAACAAACCAGGAUUCCUUGUUUAAAACUAUACAAACCUUUGAACAUUGAAUAUGAAAGACGCAGGUGCGUCUGCCCAGAACCAUGAUUCAAGUAUAUGGUAACUUGUAACAAUUCUAUUAUGCGCCGUCUAUGAAGAUAUAAACGUAUGUAUUUUAGAUUAUUAUUAUAUAUGAUUAACUUGCAGAGACGCAUACACAUACACAAACACAUAAACUCUAUUAUAUUAUCUGUUUGACGAAAUGGUACGAAGACAUAGGCAAAGCUGCAUUAGCUAUUUUUAGAAACAAUAGCUAUAUACUCUUUAUUUUUCUUUUUUUUUUUUUUUUUUUAAAUCAAAAUUGCUACAUCCUAGCACUGUUGAUUAUUGACAGUAUGUUUUAUUCUUUUUUCAAUUGCAACCCGGAAUUCUUUCCAAAAUAGUUAUAUAAAUCUUUACACAAGAUGUAUGCUAAUUGCUUUUUUUCCCUCAUUGAAAGAUACUUUAUAUUUACAACAUAAGUGGUAAACUUUAAGUAAUAUAUAUAUUCAUCUACUGCUCUUUAGCAUAAACCUAAGUAUCAAUUAAGUGUAUAUCAGACUAAUUAUUAUUCCUAUGUAACUGCUUGCCUCCCAGGUUCAGUUAAGUUGUCGAUAGUUUUGGUAGAAUCCAAUGUUCAAUGAAUCGUAAGGACAUAAUGAAAUUAUCCUUUAAAGAUUUAUCGGAGCAAAAUUUUUUGGUUUCUGUUUAUCUUCUUUUGCUAUCGAAGAUAUUCUUACUCAUUUCGCAGCUUUGCAAUAGUUCUGCAAAGCAUUACGUAAGAUUUAAGUGACGUGUUUCCAGCGUGCAUACAGGUGAGAUCCCAUAAUUCAUCAAUGAAAAAAUGGGAUUAAAUUGUGUGAAAAUGUAAAAUGAAUGAUAGUGAAAAUAAUCUGAUAUAUGCUUGAUGAGUGUUUAUUAAUUUUUGUUCUCUAUUUCUCAGUAAAUUCGAGAUUAAGCAAUGCUUCUGCUUAAGUUAACAAAAUUUUUACGAAGGUUUCCUUUAAGUGACAAAUUUAAUUUUUAUCUAAUAUAAAAAAUGUGGUCAGAAGCUUGUCAUGAGAUAUCAUUAUAAAGUGAUUUUAUUUAAAUUUAGAAUCGGAUAUAGUUUAUUAUUUAAUACUAAAAUUAUGAGUUAACACAAUUUUUUGGUUCAGUUCUAAACAUAUAUAUCUGAAAAGUAAAAUUUUUGCUGAUUUUAUACUGUUAUAAAUGAUUUUUUUCUUUCUAACGUUGCACUCGUUACAUGACAAAGAUAGUAACAAUGAUUUUUAAUUUUUCUUCCAUUUUUCUUUCUUUUUUUUAUUUUUAUUUCUCUUUUUUUUUUUUUUUUUUUUUUUUUUUUUACCUAAAAUACGAUCAUAUAUUUAAUCAAGUAGACUGACCAAAUUAUUUGAAGUGGUGUUUUAACUAAUACGUUUUUUUCUUUUUAUCUAAAAGGAGGCACUGUUUUUUCUUUUCUUUCUUUUUUCUUUUCUUAAAUUAUGUUAGUUUCAUUCUUUCUUUAGUAAUUACUUUAAUUUUUAAGAUGAAUUACGAAGUAUGUUUCGGUGUAUAUAUAUGCAGAUCUCAAGAAAAAGCUAUAGAGUGUAUCCAUGCGUGUGAAUGUAUAUAUCCUGUGUAAAGGAGUGUGAAAGAAAGAGAGAAAAGAUAGCAGAAAUGUGCAAUUUCGAACUUUCAAUUACUUUCUCCAUCUUUAUAGUCUCGUAAGGCAAAAUAAAUUUUUAAUCGUAUCUAUAGCAUCUAACAGCGGUGUGUGUCUGAUGAGUGGAAUGAUUAAUUGAUUGAUUGAUAGAAAUUCUGAUAUAAAAUCGAGAGAAGUUUCAUUGGUUUGCGAAUUUACCAACGGUCGGCAAUGAACACUAUCUCGAUCCGUUCUCUUUUUCCUUUUUGGGAAUCGUCACUGCGUGGCGAUUCGCAGAAAGCGAAAGAGAGUUACAGUUCCGAGAAAAAAGGAAAUAAUUAUAUUAUUUAAUAUCCAUUCUUCAUUUCUUUUACUUCCAUAAAGAUUCCAUAAGAAUUUGAUGGGUAUAAAUAUGUUUCCAGUAAGAUCAGGUUCUUUGAAUUCGUCUCCCUUUCUUCGUACUUGUUCAUCGUACUUGUUCAAGGUUUUUUGACAGUUUCAAAUUUCUGUUCGUCUAAGUUUCCAUAGAGAAAAAUAGUUGUUUCUUUAUGAUAGCACAUGUGUGAUAAGGUUUAAACUCGAAGAUAAAGGUUGGUCGGCAUACUUGUUGCUAAAUAGUUUCUGCUCUCGACGGAAGAGGAAUUGUCGUAAUUGGUCAGAAGAAGAAGCAAUCUCAAAUACAGAGAUAGGAUCGCAUCGAUAGAGAAUCGUUCUUAUCGCAUACAUAGUUUCGUUGCUAGCAAUAUACGCAUAAGUUCCAAAGAUUUUUUAAGGAAAGGGCUUUCUAUUGAGGGUCUUCGCUGAAUGAAAUACUUCGAAUUUCGUUCGUUUGGUGUUUUGGAUUCGAAGGAGAAAGUACAACGAUCUGUUUUACACAGAUUUCAGUAUUUAGUCCAGUGAUUAUUAUUUUAUUAAUUGGCUUUUAAUUGUAUAUUUAUAAUUAUAUUAGAUAUGGUAUUCGAACGAUAGUUGUAAAUACGUGCCAGGAUUCGAAUGGAAAAUUUUCAAAUUCGGUACGAGUUUUUUCUUAAGACCUCAUUGGGCGUGAAGUAAAACGAAUUAAGCACUGCCGUCCUGUGAGAGAUCGAUGGAAUCGAUUAGCUUUGGGGAUUGUGGAACGUAUGGAGAUUAUCGCACAGACGCGAUAUCCUUUGCGAAUCGUGUAAAUAGACAGACGAACGUUGACAAAGAAGUUGUAAAUCUCAAACAACAUCUGUAAAUGUAUUGUAAAAACAAAAACAAAAAAAAAAAAGAGGGAGAGGAAUUAGUGUAUAUACGGCGAAAGAGAACUCAGACGGACGAUGUGUAUUAUGUAUAUCGCAUAUACAUAAAGGGUAAAUUAAUCGAAAUAUCUCGGUGUUAACGGCGUUUUGUUCCGUUCCGAUUGAGAGCAUAAAUCUUGAAAAAAGUUUGAAACUUCAAGUAACAGCAAUAUGAGUAAUUACCUGCUCGAGUCUCGGAGAAGUGCAAAAAAUAGUCAGUAUGUGCAAAAGUGCAACGUAAAAAAAAAAAAAAUACAGAAAACGUAAAAAAAAAAAAAGAAAAGUAAACAGUUGAAGGUUGCCAGACUCGGUUGAAGCGAUGUUUGAGACGAACGAAAUGUAGCGGGAGAAGAAAGAACGCUAUUGCGUGGUAAAAGUGGGAGAAAAUAUAUGAAAGGAGAAGAAAUACGGCGUCCGAGAAAAGAAAGCGGCGCCAAAGCAAAAAGGGCACGAAUUACAAAGUGAAUAAUCAACCAAUCGAUAAUAUUAAUUUAAAAGAUGAUAAGAAAUUAGCUGUGAUGAUGACUCUAUAGGUACUACUAAUUUUUAAUUGGUAAUUGAUCAACAUAUAUAUAUAUACACACACACAUACAUAUAUAUAUAUUAUAUAUAUAUAUAUAUUAUAUAUUAUAUGUAUAUGAUUAAACGAUAAGGUGGGAUAAUUUAAGGAACGUGCAAGUACGAUGAAUAUAUGAAAACAAGAUAAUUACCGCCUUUUUCGAGAGAGAAAAACGCAAAUGCCGAUACGAGAGAAAUAUUAAACACACACGUACACGCUGUGUGUGAUUUGUAUAUCAAGUCGGGAGGAUAAGAGAACAUAAGUGGGAGAAGGAACAUGUUUUUCUUUGUCACAAAAUGCGGGGUUUGCCGCGCACUCCGACGUAUUGCUAUUAAUUAUCCAAAAAACUUAGUAAUUAGCGAUGUACGUGCGCGCGAUCGUGGAACACAAAUAAGAAUAAAACGAAACAAUGCUCGAAAGCAUAAUGCAAAAUGGGAAAUAGAAAAGUAAUGAGAAAUAAAAUGUAGGGUGCAAUGUUUUCGUGACAAAAGCAAAGAAAUUAAUAUUAUUUAGGAACUCUUUCGAGUACGUCCAUCUUGUGUGUCGUAAUCCACCUUCGUGACUUUAAGAUGAGAAUAUAGCUAGCUAGUAGUUCUAAUUAUAAGAGCCAACGAGAACUUGGAUCGUUUCGAAAAAUGAGAUCGAGGUCGGGCGGGAAUUUUAUGUUCGAACGCGUUUCCGGUCCGAGAGACGCGGGAACGUAGCUAGAUACGCUUCUUUCCGUUUGAGAUUUUCGCGAAUAUUUUCUACGCGAUCAAUUUAAAAUGUACAGUUUAAACGAAAAGAAGUUGCAAGCGUUUUUUAUUUUUCGUUUUCAAUUCGUUUUCAUUUUUAUGACAAAUGGUAAAAGUAGGGCAUGAAAUGCCGAUAACAACACAGGAAUAAUACGAGGCGAUCCAUUCUCCACUGGCAUUUAUUGUGAUAUGGUAACGUACAAAAUCGUUCGUCGCGAGUUACACGAAAAAUCGAAGUAUAAUCAAUAAGACAAAAUUAAGAUUCUCGUGAAUACUUUAUGGAUGUAUCACGCGUUCAUUUUGUAAAAGAAAAUAUCACUCUUACUGAAAAUUUUAGGAGUUUGUUUCUUGGGUUAGAUUAUAGCUAAUAAUUUUAAUGUCGAUGACAUUAUGACCUUUAUUAUACUUAUUUGUAAGGAUAAAACAAUACCUCCAGAUAUCUAUUUAACGAGAUUUGUGCAAAAAGGAAACUCGAGUAGAAUCGCUUUAGGUUAAAAGUUUACGUUUAAUUAUCUUUAUUUUUCCAGAAAUUUUCUAUGAAAUUCGUUCUCUGUACAUAUUGUACUAUUAAGUUACUAAGAAAAACUUUUCGCUAAAUAUUCACGAACAAAAGUUUCGUAAAAAGUAGUCAUUCUUUAUAUGUUAACGCGAGUGCGGCAUCAUCGACUCCACUUAUACACCGUGAUGCAUCCUUCGACGAACACCGUGUGACAUACGAAUGUACGUAGAAAAUAGCUACGUGCCGUCGCAUGUCCUGUUUCAAUCUAUACACACGUAUAUCUUUAUACCUUUUGAAUAAUUUCUUUUGCUGGUCUCUUUUGGAAAAAGGAAAGGGUCAACCGCAAUUAAUAAUUCUAAUUCUACUUUAAUUUCGCAUAACUCUAACGUAGGGACACUGAACGUUAUGGGAAGGAAAAAGUAUAAUAAUUAUUGUACAGAAAAAGGAAACGCGUCGAAAUUGUAUAUUUGUUCGCUGUUUUGAUCAGUUCCUUGAAAGAAAUAUUUUUUUCAUUCGUCAUUGCAUCGGACUAGGUGUGUUGUAUCUUUUCUGGAUGUGUAAAUCAGCUUUUGAGCUUCCAUGAAAACCGACGGGAUACACCCCGUCUCUUCGACGUGUUAUCGGAUUCUUCGGUGAAGCUUAUGCGAGGAGAAGCACUCAUUCGGAUUCUUCCGAUCGAAAUUUCGUUUAUUUUUUCUUUUCUUUUUCCAACUAAACGACGAAUUCUUAGAUAAUUCUGGUUGUGGUUUCUUUGGAAGGUUCUUUUGCAUGUUCAAUGGGCAUAUUUAAAUAUUAUUAAUUAAUUAGGCAAAUAAAUUGUUAUUUUUUGAAAAAUGAAUGUUAUAUUUUUUCUUCUUAUUUUCAUAUUUUUCUUUUUUUAAAAGUUAAGUUUUAAUUAGAUUAAUAAAGCUGUGCUCGUUUUCUCUUUUUUUUUUCCUUUUCCUUUUUCUUUUUCUUUUUAAAUUACAAGUCUACGUACUUUUAGGUUAAUGACAUCAGGAAGGACAUAUCAACCGCUUGCUACUUAUUCUAUUUCCAUGGUUCAUGAUUUACUUUGUUUCAUGUAGCUUUAUAAAUAAUUCGUCCUCAUAGGUGUGCGUAUGUUUUUGGUUUAGGGUGAAAUUUUAUGUAAGUACAUGGAAAGAGUUUUUUCUAUUCAUGUUUUAGAGUUCUCUUCUUUCUUUUUGUCAUGUGUAUCUGAAAAAUUCUCACGUGCGAAAGUGAUGUUAAAGAGCAGACGAAAAAAAUGAAUCGAUACGAAUUUUUGCAUAUCUGUACUACUUCUCGUUAGGGAAAGAAUACCGGCGAACCAUUCUUAAAAAAAAGAAAAUUCGUAAAUAAAACAAUGAAUCGGGGGGAAAAAAUGAGAAUGAACCCGCUUAUCGGAAUAAUUAAAGAAGAAACAUAUAAAAGAAAACAAAAUGGAACCAACGUCUUCGAACGACAACGUCAAACAAUAAGAAAAAACGAACGAUGAAGUCGUGUGUCGCGCAUCGAAUCGUUUUAGCCUCAAAAGUAUUUUGUCACGAGGUGAGUUCGAAGCGCGACAUCGUUUACCAAUAUACGAUGUAAUGUCGUUUUAAAAAAUUGAUCUUUUAUGCAAGAGAGUGAAAAUCAACAGCUCAUCGAUUUCAUACGAAGCACUGAUCAUUAUACAGGGACACAAACCACAACCACACGAAACACUAUGUCGAUUAAUUAAUUAAGCCUUAAAUUUAGAAUUAAGUUGAGAGGUGUGAUGAAAAACCAGAGAUAGGAAGAAAAAAAGGGAGAGAGAGGGAGAAAAAUGAAAGAAAGCUCUGUCUUUUUGAAGCGCCAUGAUCAAUGACUAUAUAUUCGAAUCAAUAUAUUUUAAACACAUGUAUGAUUUUAGUGGGUAAAUCGAUUGAUGUUAUUAUUCUGAUCUAAAUCGUCCCUCCUUUUCUCUUUCAUUUCAACUUCGUAUAUAUAUCGUAUUCGGGGAUUGUUCGUGUUUCAUUUACAAUUUUUAAAUCAUUCUCGUUGAAAUAAUCGUCAAAAUUCGAGGCAUGCGCUUUGAUCUCAACCGUUCUUGCGAAAGAAACACUUUCUUUUCGUUUUAUUUCGAUACCAAGGGAAUCUAGUGGUCGUAGAAUCACGCGGAAAUCAUUCGAAAUCCAUCAUUUUCAUUCGCUGUUCGAUAGUAAAGGAUUGGUAGAUUAAGUGUCGCUUUGCAUUCGAAUAGAGUUGAAUCGAAUUCGAGGCGACAUUCUCUUCCAUGUCACCGAAUGAUAACGAAAGAAAAGAAAUAAAGAUCACGUUAACUGCGUGAUUCUACGACACGUAUUUAUAUAUCGAUCGAAAAAAGAAAAAAGACAUUUUCGAAGAGCUAGACCAUUGUUAAGGAGAGUACGAUUUUUACCUACGGUAGCAAGGAGAAGUUUCUCGUAAUCUAUCGAUUGUUUACUCGUGUAAAUUCCAUAACGCAUCUCUGACGAGCCUGUCGAUGACAAUAUUUUUUAUCCUUCUUCCUGCUGCUGCUCGUGAAAGUCCAGCCGUACGUCAGCGCUAUGCGUGACCACAAAACAUACAUAACGUUAUUCUUUCUUUUUUUUUUUUCUUUUCUUAUAUCUUAUUUGAGGAAACUAGCUUGAAAAAAAAUAUGUAAUUGCAAAAAUCACGCGGAUCGUGGUAAACGACGCAAAACAAAUGGCAUGAAAUUAUUACGUAUUAUGAUAGAACAAGUAUCCGUGUCGUUCUGAUGUGCGGCUAUACUAUUAAAUAGUAGGGGAAACGGAUUGGUCGCAAUAGCGGCAAGUAAAAGAAAAACGCACUGACUAUUUUAGCGAAUCGAGAUUCGACCAUGUACCUUGAUAUAUACCUUGAGCGUGUUUUCAGAAAGUAUGUGUGCGUCGGUGAUACUGUGUGUGUGCGUGUGUGUGAGAGAGAGUGAGAGAGAGAGCGAGAAUGCAAGCGUGUGCGUGUAUGCGAGCGUGCCAAAAGAAAAAUUGUGUGAGUUUAAGAACGUGCGAGACAGAAUAAAUAUAAAAAUAUAUAUAUUAAAUAUAUUAUAUACGAAACAGGAGGGAGAGACUCUCGCUCUUGAAGAAGAAGAGAAACGGACGCGUUUUAUCCUGUGCAUUGUUAACGCAAACCUCGUAUAUGGUUAUAAUCAUUCGAGCGAUUCGUAAAACGAAUAGUUUAAACAAAGAGAAGAAACGACGAAAAAAUCAUAAAAGGAAUUUACCUGGAAGAACGCGCCCGUUCAACUUCUCUCGAUUUCUCGCACGUGCAGAGCGGUUUGUGCGUCAUUGUGCGGUCGAUACUAAGGAGAAAGCAAAGCAACACACACAUAUUGGCAUAUAACCGUGUGUGUGUGUGUGUAGUUUGAAGAAAGAAGCAUUUAGAAAGAUAAUCAUGCCAUCGCCCGCACGUGCGCGACAAUAAUUUUUCCUACGUAUAGCCGGUGUGCGAAGUAACUUUAGUUUCUUUCUUCUCCUUUUUGUUUCAAGACUCAACGAGGGGAAUAACGUUUGCGCGGUAAAUCCUGAAAUUUUGCAAGAUAGAAAUUUCCUGCGUAGGAAGUAAAAUUGUAUGCUACUCGUACACAUACGUUUCGAAUCUAGUCAAUUGCUAAAUUAACGGGACUACUAGAUGUCCAUUCCAUGUUUGAUCAGCGACCAUGUUGAGCCGUAGACCUAGUUUCCAUGCUACUCAGACCAUCAACUUAGUAACUACCAGUAAAUUUUAACUGUAAGAGUAGAUCGACUCUGUGUAUCAUAAUUUGAUGUUGUUUAACCGAUUGACUGCCUUUUUCUAUUUUAAUGAAUUUUACAGCUGUACCUAUGAUCAGUAUUUUAGUUUAUUGUAAAAAUUUAAGUAAUUUGAUGUAGUGACAGCUGCUCUUAUAGCUAAGUUAUCGUUAUGCAAAUUAUGCAGCAGUCUCUCUAUCAUCUUUUAAAUGCAAUUUACAAGCGAUCUAAAUUUUUCAAGCAGGAGGAUUUUCGUUUCUUCCUUUCUUCUUCCAAGAUUUUGGGAACUAGUACUUCGGAUCGCAAAAGAAAUUGUUUCGAAGAUAUAUAAGAAUAAAUAAGAUCUAACGAAAAUGACCUUUCUCUAUCGCGCAAAUGUUUCUUCUCCGUUUAAGAGUUGCGUUCUACAAACCAUGUGGCAUUUCUUCUUCGAAUCAUUUCUCUUACCUUCUUUUUUUUUUCUUUUUUCUUUUUUGUCCUAUCGUAAGCUUACAAUUUUACAACCGAGCAUCGCUGUACAGAGCAUUGUUCUACGAAACUCUGGUCUGCUUUAAACCGAAUGAAAAUGUAGAAGUAUUUAAAAAAAAAAAUGCUAAAACGAACGAGGUAGACUUGUACGGUGCACCAAAGGGCACUAUCCAUUCGAGGAAGCUUGUACUCAAGGAACGACAGGUCUUUAUUUAUUCGCGUUCACGAGAAAUCUACGAUUUUCUCGUGUUACCUUUUUUCGAAUUCAUCUUCUUGAUAACAGCAUUAAAAAAUAUAUUUUGAAUCUAGAAAAAAAAAAAGAAAGAAAGAAAGAAAGAGCGACAAGCAUAAAAAAGAAAAGAAGCGAAAAAUCGAUGAACAAUAUGGAUUAUCAACCUGUCGUGUUCGAGAGUACAAGCUUCGCGAGUCCGGUAAGAUUAUACAAAAAACAAAAAAAACACAGAAGAUCAGAACUUUUGUUCUGUCGUUCCCCAACGAAAUAGUGGCGACGAGUUUAUCGUUAGACAGUAAAUUAUAUAGGUAUAAGCAAACUUCACCGAGUCGCGAUUUCUGCGAUACAAGACGAUAAGAUUAAACGAAGUUAAGAAGUAAAAAAUGGAUGAGAGUCGUAUGAACGAUGCAGGGAUAGAAACGACGUAAGAUAACAAUGUAUAAAACGAUAAAGCGAUGGAAUUUCCCAUUCGUGUCUCUUUGAUAAAACUCCGUCGUGGACACGAUGCAAUUUGCUGUCAAGUUUUAGGGUACAUAAGAAAAUAGAGGUUAUAUAAUAUAUAUAUAUAUCUAUUAUUGUACGUAAAACACGCAGAAGCAGUACGUUUAAGAUUCGAAUCGUGCGCAUACAUAAGGAACACUGUAUUAUAAAAAUAUCGUAAUAAGAAUGACCGUUUCGCAAAUAACAAGUUUUUUUUGGACGAGGACCGAUCGAUGAAAAAGAAAAACGGAUCUAAGCGAAAGAAAGGGAAAAAAGAUAAGGAUCCGCAAGCAAUUGUAUAUAAAUGCGUGAAGCGAAAUUCGAUCGUGCCAGCCAUGGCGAGCGCGUGAAAGAGAAUAUUUUGUUAUGUAAAAAAGAAAAAAAAACGACUGAGAUGAAGAAGAAGAAGAAGAGAGAUUCAUUUUUGGGAUACAAUGUGGCUGCAGCAUAUUUUCGAACGCACGUUUCGAGUUAUCGUCUGAUCGAUAUACAUAUGAAUCUUUUUUGCGGCCUCAAGCUUGUAGAGAAGAAUAAAGCGACGAAGACGAAAAAGAAGAAGAAGAAGAAGAAGAAGAAAGGUAGGAAAGAAGAAUGGUGGCAACAAGAAGCAAAAUGUACGGCGUCGUUACGCGCAGGAACGAGAUUUCUUUAUCAUUCCGACAGAUGGACUUAUAACUUGGUCACUUUCAUAUUUAAAAAGUAAGAAGAAUCAUAAAGAAAAGUACAUUCCGGUUCACAAUAAAUCGCCGAUUUUUCUCAAAAUGGCGAUUGUACGAUUUACCAACAAAUCAUUCGCAUCAUGGUAUAUAUUAUACCGAAGAGGAGAGAGAAUCUCGACUGGACGCAACUCCUGUCGAAUUUUUAUUUCUUCGAACGAAUGAAAGUAGAAGACGAAGAUCGAGAGAGGACCAAGAAGAAGAAACAAGGGAGAAAUAAUAUCGAGGCAAGGGGAUAACGGGAAAUUUAACGAUUGCGCGAUCGACCAGAAUAGAUAAGGAUUAUCGAUUGGCCACCUUUCGACGCGCAUCCCGUUGUUUCCUUGGCGAAACAAUCGUCUCGUGUUUGCGCGUCCGACGUGAAAACCAGGGCUGUUAUUUGUAAUGAAGAAACAGAAGAAGAAGAAAUCAGGAUAUUACGUACACGAGAGGCAGGCUCUCGUGCGGGUAAAGAAAAGACUCGAAAUUUUUUCGAUGAUAUAAUAAAUAAUUAAUAAUCGUCCACUAUGAGGUUCGACAGAGGAACAAUUAUUUUUUGCCGUUUUUUCUCCUAUCAGAGAAAGAAACAUCUCGAGGUUUCAUCGCUAGAGCGAUGGGCCAGCUACGACACAGCGAGAUAAUUAUUGCGAACGGCGAUGAUGAUAAUAUAACGAUGAUCCUCCAGGAAAGCUAAAAGAUACUGAAACAGAUAGCCAGUAAGUACUUGGAGAACAAUAUGGCGAAGGAAUAUAUAUCCAAGUCGUACCUAAAGCGUAAUCAUUUAUAUAUCGUAGUUUUGGUACUGUUAUUCGAGUACGUAUACACGCGUUUUUUUUCGAAGAAAGUGUAGUAGACGCGUGACCAAUGGAAGAGGAGGAGGAGGAAGAGGAGUAGAAAGUACGAAGAAACAAAAGGAAAAGGUUGUCGACGAUAAUAAAAUAAUAGAAAGAAGAAGGAGAAGAAGGAGCGUAGCUGCAUUAUGAAAUGGAAGAUUAAUCACGAGUAAAAGAGGAAGUAUAAUAAUGUCUUUCAAGAUUGAUUAUUAUUGAUGAAGAAGAAGCGAGAAAGUGGAUUUGAACGAGAUUGGAGCGAAUGUAAGAGGAUUUCUAAAAAACCAUCAGAAAAAAUGUCUUUUUGAGAACAAAAAGCGCCAAAAAAAUCAAUGUAUACAACCAGUGAAGAGUAUGCGUGAGAAACAGUGCGAGUGGAAAGAAUGAUUGAAGAUAAAAGUAAGGAAGUAUCGACGCGAGGCAAAUUUUACAAAAGACAGCAAUGAACGCAGAUGAUAUCAAGAGACAAAGCAAAAUGUACACGUAGAACUGAAAGUGUUAGUGUGCAAUAGUCGUCGAGGAAGGUGAAGAUCAAGCCGAGAAGACUUAAAAACAGAAAAAGAAAAAGA